GUUUUAUUCUUGUCGUUCUUCCCUGUUCUGCAUGCAUGCGCUGUUCCUGCACCAUUGAGCCUCAUCAAAUCGACAACCUGGAGACCACUAUUGGAGUUCGGUAGACAUGUCAAAAGAGUCAAAGGAGUCAAAAGAGCCGUACGCGGAUGAAACCUCCGCGCCAGGCUACGUCGAGGCCCAGGACUCGGAUGGCACGUCGGUCAACACGCUGAAUGCGCUGAUUGCUGAAGAUCACAAACAUGAAAUCAAGCUCAGAACCAUGUCAUGGCAGAAGGCUGCUUGGUUGCUCGCUGGCGAUCAAGUGUGUCUUGCCAUUAUGGCCCAGUCAUGGUCCCUCUCUGUUUUAGGCUGGGUUCCUGGGAUUAUUACCAUGGUUCUCUCCGGCAUACUCUUCUGGAUCACCUCGAUUACCAUGCACAAAUUCAUAAUGAAGCAUCCUCAUAUCAAAGAUAUUUGCGACUUUGGAUACUACGCCUUUGGCAAGAGUCGAAUUGCGUACGAGUUUGCGGGGUUCAUGCUGCUGGCCAAUAACAUUCUGCUCAUUGGCUUUCAUAUCCUUACAGGUGCCAAGGUUUUGAAUACCUUGUCGGAUCACUCGCUGUGCACCGUAGUGUUUUCAGUCAUUGCGAUGCUGAUGGGUAUCGUGAUGUCCCUGCCGCGAACAUUGCACCAUGUUUCCUUCAUGUCGAUGUUUUCAGCCGCCUGCAUGGGAAUUGCCAUACUCCUUUUCCUCAUUUUUGCAGGCAUUGAAGACGCUCCCCUGUACGGAUACAACGGGAAUUAUCCCACGGACGGCCCAGUCCGAACCUACGCCUUCCCAUUGCCUGGCACUACGUGGGUGGCAUGCAUGAAUGCUGUCCUCAACAUCACCUUCCUCUGGGUCCCUCAGAUCCUCUUCCCAACCUUUAUCUCCGAAAUGGAGCGACCGCAAGACUUUCCCAAGUCACUUGCUGUCCUCGCAAUCAUUUCAGCCAUCCUAUUCAUCAUCCCCCCGGCAAUCGGAUUCAGAUAUCUAGGCCAAUACGCAACUGCGCCGGCCUUUGGCAGUCUAGGCGUAACUGCUUAUAAGAAAGGCUCCUUUGCAUUCGUCAUCGUUCCGACUCUGAUCAUCGGCGUGAUUUACGCCAACGUUACCGCCAAAUUCAUUUACUUCCGCAUUAUGGGCAAGUCCCGACACGCACAUAGCAACACCUUUACCGGAUGGGGCGUAUGGAUUGCUAUCAUGGCUGGGAUCUGGGUUAUUGCGUUUAUCUUUGCCGAGGUGAUUCCCAGUAUGGGCGACUUCCUCUCCUUACUCGGUGCUGCAUUCGACUCGUUUUUUGGUUUCAUUUUCUUCGCUGUCGCAUACUGGCAACUGUACAAAGGAGAUCUAUUUAGCGGCGCGGGCAGGUCGAUUAUGACUCUUAUUCAUGUCUUUGUGAUGCUGUGUGGGCUGUUCUUGCUGGGUCCGGGCCUGUAUGCUGCUGUCGAGGCAAUCAUUAGUGAUUACUCGAGCUCUGUCACGCCGGCGUUUAGCUGUGCUAAUGCGUCUAUCUAGACGGAAUCAGUUGAAGGGAUUCUGUCUCUUAGAGUCGUGGUUCAAUGAGAACUAUGCUGAUUCAUUCAUGCCCAAUCUUCGGAAUACGCUACUGCCGCUUAACCUUUCUAGAAAUGAAGUAGUGCAGUGGAGUUGAUAUGGAUCAGAUAUAGUGUUGACCGAUUUCAGUGUAAGGAAAUUUAGUGCAAUAUUAUUGUGUCACUAAAUUGGAACGUGCAAGAAGCCUGAAAUUUGAAUAACUGGGAACUAGGUCUAAUUUAUACCCAACUUACUAGUGGAACUGAUUGCUUAUAAUUACUUAAAUGAUAGUAAAUUCUCAGGAAUUACAUGGAAAAAUAAAGCGUAAAAG